CUCGGUCUCAUAAGGUUUAAAAACCGUGCACUGUGCAGGCCCAGAAAAGGGGAAAAAAAGGUUUUUAAUUUAUUUCACAUUUCUAUAAGUGUAAGUUUCACCUGUGAUCGUACUGUGUUUAAAAAUUAAUCUAAAGACUAAAGGUCCAAAAGUACGCGCCGUACGAAUCAGACGAUAGACAGAGUGGUAGUAAUAUAGGUACGAAGUGCAUUAUGGCUGCAUUAAAGAACACCAAGAAUUUGAAGGUUUUUAAAAUCUUAGCCACAAGAUACUGUCCACAAGUAAAAUCAACAAGAAAUUUAAAUCUUCAAGAGUAUCAUAGUAAAGAUUUAUUAAAAAAGCAUCAUGUGUCUAUUCAAAACUUUCGCCUGAUAGACUCGAGUCUGGAUCCUAAGCCACUAUCAGAUUUUAAAGCCGAUGAAUAUGUUGUCAAAGCACAAAUUUUAGCUGGUGGCCGUGGUAAAGGACAUUUUGAUAAUGGGUUCAAAGGUGGAGUUCACAUUACCAAAGACCCACAACAAAUUAUUCCUUUAGCAAAAAAUAUGAUUGGUCAUAAGUUAAUUACAAAACAAACACCAAAGGAAGGUAUUUUGGUUGAUAAAGUAAUGGUUGCCGAAAGUGUAAACAUUAAACGUGAAACCUAUCUAAGUAUUGUCAUGGAAAGAAGUUAUAAUGGAGCAGUAUUAGUGGCUUCACCAGCUGGUGGUAUGGAUAUUGAGGCUGUAGCAGAAGAAACCCCUCAUUUAUUGAAAACUAUACCAGUAGAUAUUCAUGAAGGUGUUACAGAUGCCAUAGCAAAAGAGAUAGCAGAGUUUUUGGAAUUCAAAGGAGUAAUGGUUAAUAAAUGUGCAGAAGAAAUCAAGAAUCUGUGGCAGCUUUUCCUUAAGGUAGAUGCAACACAAUUAGAAAUUAAUCCUUUAGUAGAAACUGAUGAUGGUCGGGUUGUUGCAGUUGAUGCUAAAAUUAACUUUGAUGACAAUGCACAAUUUAGACAAAAAGAUAUAUUUGCCCUUGAUGAUGUGUCUGGAGUGGACCCAAGAGAAGUGGAAGCAACAUCAUUAAAUUUGACCUAUAUUGAUAUGGAUGGAAGUAUAGGGUGCAUGGUCAAUGGAGCUGGUUUAGCCAUGGCUACAAUGGACCUUAUCACAUUAAGUGGUGGAAAACCAGCUAAUUUCUUGGACCUUGGAGGAGGAGUAGGUCAAGCGCAAGUAUCCGCUGCAUUAAGAAUAUUGGAGUCUGACCCUAAAGUAAAGGCUGUAUUUGUCAAUGUUUUUGCAGGUAUCGUAAACUGUGCAACGGUUGCAAGUGGUAUUGUGGCAGCGUGCAAGGAAAGUCCUCCAAAGCAUCCGCUUAUUAUUAGAUUGGAGGGUACAAACGCAGCUCAGGCAAAGACAAUUCUAGAGAAAUCGGGACUCAAUAUCAAUAUGGUUAAUGAUGCCGAUGAGGCAGCAAAGUUAGCUGUUAAAUUAGCAAAUGAAUAAAAAUAUGUUAUAGAAUUUAUCAUUUUAGAUAAGCACAAAUUUUUGACCGAAUUAUUUUGUUUGUAUCGAUUUUUUUACUUUCAUGUAAAUAAAUUUGUUAAUUUAAAGACAAGACUGAGCUUGUUUUAUAUGUUUUAAUAAACGUUAUGUAGUUA